CGCGCGGGAUGUUGCUCCUACGAAGAUACGCCGGCCGCGCCGCGCCGCGCUGGCCGACGUCUGUGCUUGGCGCGAUGCCGCUUCCGAGCGCCUUGAGCUUUCGGUCGUUUAGCGCCUCGGGCGAUGACAGCGAACUUGUGCGCCUCAGCAAGCUCAUGUCGAUGAAAGGCAUUUGCUCACGCCGCGAAGCCGACAACUACAUUCAGAGCGGCAACGUUCGCGUCAAUGGCGAGAUUAUUUCGGAACUCGGCUCUAAAGUCCACCCGACGAGCCAAAUUGAACUCAGCCGCGACGCCAACACGCACCGAAAGAGCAAGGUCACUGUGAUCCUCAACAAACCACUCAACCUCGUAUCGUCGCAACCCGAAAACGGCCACGCGCCGGCGAUCAAGCUUUUGUCCCCCGAGAACGAGUUCAAGGAGCUCAGCGUCCAGCAGCCCUUCCUUCUCGAUGGUCCGAUGAAGAUGAACGUCGAGCGUUUUGGGCCCUUGGCGCUCCCCAAGAUGGCAGUGUGUGGCCGCCUCGAUGUCAACUCGACCGGUCUCCUCAUCUUCACGCAAGACGGCACGCUCGCCAAGUCGAUUCUGGACCCGGAGGGCGGCGUCGAGAAGGAGUACCUCGUCCGCGUCAACCUGAAUUUGGACGAGACGGACCGCGCGACGCAAGUCAAGGUGCAGAAGUUGCGCGACGGCAUCUACAUUGAAGGCGUCCUCUUCAGCGCCAAGAAGGUCGAGAUCAUCAACGAAAACCAGCUGCGCGUGAUUCUCACCGAAGGCAAGCACCGCCAAAUUCGACGCAUGUGCGAGCAGGUUGGCCUCAAGGUCGUCGCGCUCAAGCGCGUGCGCAUCGGCAACAUCAAGCUGCGGACGCUCCCGGUCGGCAAGUGGCGGUACCUCCAGUCCUUUGACAAGCUGUAA